AUGCAAACAUAAGAAGAUAAAGUCAAUUAAGAUUAACUAAUAGAAAUAUAAGAAUGUAUACAAAUUUAAUAAUUAGCAGCUGAGGUAAAAAUUUAAUUUAAUUAAUAUUAUUAGGACUCUGUCAUGAAUAUUGAUUCAAAACUUGAAAAGAAAUAACAUUAAAAUCAAAUUUAAGAGCAAGAAACUCAACAAAAAUAAGAGUAGUAAAUCUAAGAGAACGAUUCUCAUAAUUAAUAACUUACAAAUUAAUAAACUACUUUUAUGUCCACUCAUUCUAAUAUUAAACCAUUCACAUAUUAAUUGAUGAAAUAAUACUCAAUUAAAUAAGAUCAAUAUUGUAAUGCAAUUGCUGUUAAUUAUGAUUGUACAAUUUUAGUUGCUGGAUGUGGGUAAUAUAUUAAAGUUUUUGAAUUUAACUAAGCAAUGUUGAAAUAAGUUUAAAUAAUAUGUGAACAUAAUAGCAAUGUGAUUACAUUAAAUUUUAUGAAGAGAUCGGAUCAAUUCAUAUCUGGGAGUAGUGAUCAUUCAAUUAUAAUCUGGGCAAGAAAUGAAAAUAAUUCAUGGUUUUGUUAUCAGAAAUUGUUAGGGCACAAAAGUUAUAUCUAGUGUUUGGCCUUAAACAAUAAUGAAGAUAUUAUUGCAUCUGGUGGUAAUGAUAAUACAAUUAUAUUUUGGUAAAAAUAAAAUCAAUGGUUGUGUUCUUAGACAAUUAUAGGUCAUAAACAAUGUGUAUUUGGAUUAAGUUUUAAUGAACAAAAAAAUAGAUUGAUAUCUUGUGGAUAAGAUUGCCUUAUAUUAGUAAUAGAACAAUCAGAACAGAAUAAAUAAUGGAUUAUAAUAUAAACGAUUGAAUCAGAAACAUGUGGCGUUCGAUUAAACUUCAUCGAUGAUAAUACAUUCACAUUAAAUCCAUGGGGAGAAGAGGAAAUGUAUAUUUUUCAAAUGAACAGUGUUCAUAAAAAAUAUAUGUAUAAAAAGGUUAUUAAAGGAAAAGGGGGUUUUUCUGAUUCCCCACAAUUUCCAUAAUAAUACAUAAAAUCAAAAUGUAUUCUUUUGAAUAAAAAUGGUUCAAAUGUGAGUAUAUUAAGAAGGUAACAAAAUGGUGAAUUUACAAUUGAAUAAUCUAUUGAAUUCCAAACUCACUAUAUUUUUGGAUGUAUGACUGACGAUGGGCAGUAUCUAAUCACAUGGGAUUUUAAAUCAAAAGAAUAUCAAAUCAGGAAAUAUCAGGAAUAAUGA